UAGAGAUUCGAAAUUUAUUAUCACAACAUUCGAGUACAUAUUUUACUCUUUGUAAUAUAUACAUACGUGUUUUGUGGAAGUGUUUUUCAAAUAAAAUUAAAUAAUUUCAUACGAAUUUUCUCUUUCAUAAAGUUUGACAAAGUAAGAACAACAGUCAAAAUCCCAUUCCAUCUACAAUCCAAUGGUCAAGUAGAACGUUUUAUUGAGACAUAUAAAAAUGCUCUGCAAAAAUUAAAAGUGGAGGGGACCAUCAAAGAGAUUAUAUAGAGGUUCUUGUUCACCUAUCAUUUUCCACCAAUUCUGUCCGGCAGAGGAUUUACUUAACAGGAAAAUACGAACACAUUUCGAUGCCAUUGGUCUGACGCCAGUUGUCGAGUUUCACCGAAACGGAUAGAUGGAGAAGCAAUUCAAUCGACAUCAUUGAACACAAAGACGAUUGUUCAAUAUAGAUCAAAAAGCACUUGCUAUGGACUAUCGCAGCAAACAUCUUACAUGGAUAGCUGGUCGAAUAAUGAAGAAAAGAGGAAGUGUGGUUUACGAGGUGUCAGUUGCCUCAAACGUUCUGGGUGCGUCAUGCUAACCAACCAAAAGCAACUUCGAUCACAAGCAAUGGGAACCAAUAUAGAGUACCUCCUGAUGUUCUGCUGGACACCUUUGAAAUCGGAACCUUUGGAACAGACAGGUCAGUCUCUGUGGAAGCAAAGAGCAAUAUCACCACUUUAUUGCCUAGAAGGUAGACAAAUAGGAAGCACAGACCAGUCACACGGUUGCAAACGGACCCUAACACCAGACCUUAUGAAUCUGCUCAAAUGGGAGGUGUUUGCGGGAUACUCAUUGGAUUCUGUUGAGACACAUUGAUUAGCCAUUUUUUAGCCAAUCGAUGCUAAGAUACCUCCCCAUGAGGCCGUAAACCAGAAAUGCUUGGUAGACCAAAUAUUUACCCUAAACCCUUGCACAAGAGCUAAUAUCCAUUCGUCAUGGAAGCUCCAACCCGAACUCCACUAAAUAAAAUGAUUUACGUGAGAAGAUUCGUUAUAGAUGUCGAAAUUUGGUCACUUCAGUGGAUAGACUAAUUUAUGGACGAAACGCCCAGACUUAAGAUAGUGAGAUAGGGACUAGCCCC